CAACGCCCAUUUUAGCAAUCAGCAAGAACGUCCGAAAAAUUGCGAGGCGUUGAAAGUUCGGUUAACAAAGAAGCAGCGCUCGCUAGCUCCAUUGGAUCCUGGAUCCUGGUUCCUCGUUGUGCAACGAUGCAAGGAGGAUCUUCUGGCAUCGGCUACGGUCUCAAAUAUCAGGCAAGAUGUAUAUCGGAUGUCAAAGCGGACACGGAUCACACCAGCUUCAUUACGGGAACCCUCAGUCUCCGGGAAGAAAAUGAGGUACAUCUGAUUCGGCUAUCUUCUGGUGGAACCGAGCUCAUUUGCGAGGGCUUGUUUUCACAUCCUAACGAGAUCUGGGACCUAUCUUCCUGCCCCUUCGAUCAACGGAUUUUCUCUACCGUUUUUUCUACGGGUGAAUCUUAUGGGGCUGCAAUAUGGCAGAUUCCUGAGUUAUAUGGGCAGUUAAAUUCACCCCAGUUGGAACGAAUUGCCUCCCUUGAUGCACAUGUUGGUAAGAUUAAUUGUGUUCUCUGGUGGCCAUCUGGAAGACAUGAUAAGUUGAUCAGCAUUGAUGAUGAAAAUCUUUUCUUAUGGAGUUUAGAUUGUUCAAAAAAGGCUGCCCAGGUCCAAUCUAAGGAGUCAUCUGGCAUGCUUCAUUACUUAUCUGGUGGUGCAUGGGAUCCACAUGACGUAAAUGCUGUUGCAGCAACUUGUGAAUCAUCCGUCCAGUUUUGGGAUCUACGUACAAUGAAGAAGACAAGUGCAAUUGAGCGUGCCCAUAUCCGCAAUGCUAACUAUGAUAUGAAGAAAAAGCAUAUACUUGUCACUGCAGAAGAUGAAUCUGGGAUACACAUAUGGGACCUUAGAAAGCCCAAAAUUCCUGUCAAAGAGCUUCCUGGACAUACGCACUGGACAUGGGCUGUCACGUGCAACCCGGAGUAUGAUGGGCUAAUUCUGAGCGCUGGCACAGACUCAACUGUUAACUUGUGGCUGGCUCCUAUAUCUGCUGGAGAUGAACCAAACUCUGAAGGCAUAGCUGAAUCACCAACUCAGCAGGCUGACCCAUUACUUAAUUCCUACAGUGAUUAUGAAGACAGUGUAUAUGGCCUUGCUUGGAGUUCUCGUGAGCCAUGGAUAUUUGCUUCACUAUCCUAUGAUGGCAGGGUAGUCGUAGAAUCAAUUAAGCCUUUCCUUUCAAGAAAAUGAAGGUUAUUUGCUGUCCUUGUUCUCUGAGAAUUUCUGUUCCGGAAAGUUUCCAAUUAUCAACGGCAGUGCUCAAAGAGUUGAACCCAAAUAUUUAGGUUAAAGUAAAACAUUGACCGGAUAAAAACUUGGAUGAUUUCUUUGUAUGUUAGUGGAAGGUUAGCCAUAAUUAGACAACAUGAAGAUCGUGAUCUGGAGUUCACGGUGGGGAAUAAUCACCCAGGUGAUACCGAGGACGGAACCCAGUUUUUGAGUCUGAAAAUAUUGAACUUGUGAUUGUAAUUUGCUGAAUUGAGACGGAGAAGCUGAUGCAAACACGAAAAGCAAGCCUCGGAUAACGACACGGACGACGAGUAAUAUGCAAGGUUUGUGCCCUACGCAAAGCUUAAAGCGCGAGGAAAAACAUUGGCAAAAAGCGAGUCAUUGAAAGGAAUCGGUCGACAAAAGUACAAGGCCAUAAUCCACAAAUUAGAUUUGUUAUAGUACACGGCAUCUACUACUCUUGAAGCAACAUGACACUUAUCCAAGCGCACAGGCAAUUGGUUUGUUUUCCUCAGUCAGAGGCAAGGUGUUUUGUUCUUUUUGACACGUGGCCGUUUCCGUCACCAUGAAGGCAUGAAAGGCCUGCCACGUUUAGCAGGACACGCAAGCUCCACGUUUUCAGCUUAUCCGCAAUUUAAUCUCAUGGUCAACAGGUGCCUUGCCAUGUCAUCAAAGAGUGUUGUGCUGACACGUGGUGAAAGCUAGUGGGAGAAAAGAGUACGCGCCAUGGAAACCACUUCAAUUUCUCCUCUUAGUUCUUGCUUGGAUUUGCAUGUCAAUUUUCAAUCAAAAGGUCAUUUCAUUUGCUUUUCAAAUCUGAAACCCUCGUUUCAGAGACUGCCAACAGCCCGAUUAUCCGCGGCAGAGAUUCAUUAGCCAAAAAUCCGGAAAUUUUGUUUGGAUGAAAUUUCUUCUCAGAGCAGGCCGUAAAGCUGAUCAUGUAUCUGUAUAAAUUUGCUACCCCACCACUGCAACCUUGUGACUGCAUUUUUCACAUGGCAACGGAGGAAGUUUAAGAAAAUAUUGAUUUUGCAUCAUCCUUUUUUAAUUAUAUUUUAUUAAAAAUAACUACGGUUUAUUAAUUGCGUUAGUCCGAAGAAAUUUUACUUAUCCCAACUGUUAAAGAUAAUAAAAGUUGAAUGGAGAUGUUAAAGAUAAAAGAUGUUGGCGUUUGUUGAGGACUUUUUAAUUUUUUGUGUCAACAAAUGCUCCUCUUCGAGAGUUCAGAUUCGUAGAUAAUUAGAUGUUACUAUAUAGUAUCUAAUAGCAACGGAUUAUUCAGCAAAUCAUUGUAAAUUUUUAUGUAAAUAUCAUUUUAUUCAUAAACUAUAAAGGUAAUUCUCUAAUUAUUAAGUAUAAUAAUAAAUUAAUAAUCAGCUUAAUAAAGUGCGUCAAAUAUGUGCCGUUAAUUGAUAUGUAAUGUAAAGAAUGACCGUUCAAAUAAAA